AUGCGAAUCGCAACUAUUCUUGCGAUUGUCGCUACUUCCGACACGGUUGUCGACGCGGUGAUCCGUCGUCCGAUUCUGCGUGAUCUGAAAGCAACGGAACAAGAGAAUGCAUCUCAACUAGCCCCUGUUUCGUUUCUCUCUUCGAACGCGUAUCCUGUUGAUCCGUACGCCAAGUGUUACUGGAACUCAAACUUGAUGUGUGAGAUGAACUCGCUCAAGAACGACUUGAAACUCGGAUCUACUUGUAACGUGGGUGUACCUGUUCCAACGGAUAAUUACGUGGGUGACAAGCGUGUGAACAAGUACGAUACGGGUCUCACUGCAACGGACUAUCCAUUUAUUGAGAUUACGUCGUUAGGUCCAAAGAGUGGUUUGGGUCAACCUCAAUCAACUACGACGGGAAUGCUCGCAUGGUCAGGCUACAUGACGAAUCCAUCCAAAGCGCAGGAUAAUAUUCGAUUUCCAGCUGUUGGUCUGUAUGACGUAAAUAUUUAUGCAUACGAUUAUGAUCGCGACGCAGAGUGUGAAGGGUGCAUUGCUGUUCGAGAUACGUAUCGUCCCCGUUUCAAAGAAGGCACAUGUCCAUCCACUUUAACCGAUCAACUGAAAUUCAAUUCAGCUUCGAUUUCGAAAGUGAGCAAGUAUGAGACUGAGUAUGAAAAUUACGUUGCGAGUAGUAAUCAAUUGAAUAAUGUCGAAAGUGAUGCUACUUGUCAUGACACGUCAUCAACACAAAAGAUUUUCUACGAUCCAAGUCCAACUCCUUUUUCAGGAACGUGCUUUAAUCCAGAUGGGGUCAAGUGUAAUGUCGACAAGUUAAAACGAAAUCCAUUUAGUAUUACGGAAAACAUCAAACGACCGAAUGUCGAGCUCGAAACAAGUCUGAAUGACAAGUGUUCGUGGUGUUGUACCAAGUCCAUUGCUUUGAAAGAAAAGUAUACAGAGUAUACCUGUCCGUCAACCAGCACUCAACCAGUCUCGACAUGUGUGGGCCUUCCAGGUAGCACAUGUAAGAUGGAGACAUGUAUCAAGGCUACGGGUAAUGAUAUUGCAGAAGCUACAAUCAAGCUCAAGAAUUCAAUUGUUGUUGAGUCCACAAAGGUUUUAACGGAAUUGGAAAAACCUGGCUCUACGGACACUGCCAAUACGAUCCACUAUAGUAUUCCAUGCACUUCGUACGAUGAAACUGGUACGAACACAAAGUGUCAUUAUAAAGUCAAGCUCUCGGAUGUUGUUGAUAUUGGACCCAAAACGGGAAGUGGACCCAAAUUUGUCACGGAUCUUCCAUUAAAUUCGGAGAAAGCAAGUGAUUAUGUGUUCUGGCGAGUGAAAUCUGGUAGCCACGAUUGGGCAACGUGGGAUCCCAAGAAUGAUGCGGAACUUACGUUUAAAGCAUCGAGUACUAGCGUAAGUAUUGAGGCAUGGACAGCGUGUGGACAGAUUUUAUCGUUCGAGUUGAUUGUCAAGAUUUAUUUGCAUCGUACAUUGACAUGCGAUCAAUUUGCCAACAUGUGGACCCCACAAGUAGCUAAAGUGUACGGUGAAGACACUUACUGUAAUGUCCCCGAUAGUGACUUCAGUCUCUUUAAUCUCGACUACGAUUACGAUGUUAUUAUUCCAGCUGCUGUUGGGGAAGAGUACGAGCGCUUGAAAGGAACGUACAAGGAUGUUAAGUGUGACAUCCGAGUACGCGAUAGUACUGAGCCAGAGAAUUCAGUAAAUCCUGCAACAUUAAUUGGAGAAACAAACGAGAACAAGAUCAAUAGAAAUUUCGCAGUUGAACUCGUUCACAAUCCUCAUACUGCCCCGAAGACCGUGUUCCGCAUUGAAUGUACAUUCACUCGCUUGUCGUACAAUAAUGGCGUCAUCGUUAAUAAUGGCAACAAUGGCAACAAUGGCAACAACGGCAAUAAUGGCAAUAAUGGCAACAAUGGCAAUAACGGCAACAAUGGCAACAACGGCAAUAACGGCAAUGAUGGCAAUAAUGGCAAUGACUACAUUCUUCACCCUGAGAAUACGAUCACUUGCUUCCACAGCUUCACUAUCACCGAUUGCGACAAGCCUCAGAUUGAUCCUGACGUGGAAGAAGAGGAUGUUUGCGCGUACGACUGUGCGGACAAUGGCAAGCCUGGUGCUUAUGAAGCAUGUGGUGGAACGAUCGUCACAUCUAAGGCCGACAAGACUUUUGUCAAAUCCAGCUCAGAAGAAACGUGUUGCACGAAUUGUGAUCCAAAUCUGAAUUGCGUUGUAUUCGGUCCUACGGAAAUCAAGCGGUGCGAAGUCCCAUCAGUGUAUCCGUAUAGCCUCGCCGCUGUAAGCCCAAAACGCUUUACUAGCGGAACUACGACGACCAUGGCGCUUCUUGGAGCAAGUGCGAUGGUUGCCGUCGUGGCACUUGUAGUGGUGAAGCGUCGCGGCUCGAAAAACCAGGGAAUAGAUGAUGCGUAUCAUCCACUUCUUGAGUAA